AUGAGCUCUGCAGAGAUGCUGCUGGAUGCGGCUGCGCUAACACCCUCUCUCUCCCAACUUCUCGUCGUCGACUCCGUUUCUAGCGUGCUUGUGUACCUCGUGCAAGACGCCGUCGUCGAUGACCCCGAUGCACGGUUACAGGCAUUCAGUGAGGUGCUCGCCCACGUCAGCUCGUCGCCGAAGAGUGACAGUGCUGUUUCUGCAAACGGCCUCGGCGCUGACGGCACCAGCACCUCUUCCGCCACGCACACGCGCGCACAUGGCGCAAGGUGGAAGUGGGCAGAUGUGGUUAUGCGCGGUGUAACGGACCCGUGGUCGCGCAUCCGAUCUCUGGCUGCGCCGGUGAUGGCGGACCUACUAGACAUGGAGGUCGAGCUGGUACUGCAGCGUCACGAUAGUAGCUCCACCACCCACCUCAGGUCAUCCAACAGCACGCCAUGCUCCUCCUCGGUCGCGAGGGCGACGCCACGUAGCGCAAAGAAGGGCUGGAAGAACGAGCUGACAGCAACGGAGUCUUCGUUGCCGGAGAGUGUGUCGGUGCCGCUCGAAUACGUGUGGCACUGGUGGCGGGGCACGUCGCUCUGGUACGAGCAAGACGGCAUUGUACGAAUGCUGGCGAAGCUGUACAGCCGCAGCGGCACCCCUUCUGGAGACGCCCUCCGAAUGGACGAGGCGGGGCUGCGCUGUCUGCUCUUCAAUGUCAUCUUUCCUGCGCUGCGUAAUCCACAGCUACCCGUGCGGGAGUCUGCAGCGCUUCUGCUGGGCAUUCUCGCUGACCGCCGGAGCUCCACCUCCCUCUCCCCGGCCAUCACUUCCUUCGUCGUAGACCACGUGUGCCGCACUAUAAUGCAGGUCCCGACGCCAGCUCGGAGCCACUCACCCGCAACCUUGGUUUCCGUGGAGGACACGCGCGUCUUGGAGGGCAACCUGCUCGCUCUGAAGGAGCUAGUGGAUGCCGACGUUAUCCGUGCGGAAGACGCCGACGUGAUGCCGCUUCUUCUGCGGUUGUCGAGUUACCCGGCGUCAAGUGUGCGGCAAUACGUGGCUCAGAUUCUUCGGCCGCCCUCCCUGUGUGUAUUUACCUACCUGAUGCAGCGGCUGUGUGAGCACCAAAAUUGCAUGCCGCAGCACGCCGAAGGUGACGGAGACAGCAGCAGCAACGUCCCAGGCGGUGGGGAAGACGAGGACGGCGAUGGGCUCAGCUGGCAGCGUCUUGAGACGCUGAUGAUGGCCCUACAGCAGCACCUUUUGUACCUGCAUACCACGUCGGCUGCGAUGCAAGACCUGUUUCACGCGAGCUCCGAUACGAACGGCAUCCUGACACCCGUCGUGUUCGCGACGUCGCUGUCGGUGGUGUUUCAGGCGACGCACUCGCCUCGCUUCGAGGUGGCGCGGAUGGGACUACAGUUGUUCCCUUUGCUGCUGCAGCUCAGCCUUCGCUUCUGCCCGCCCGUCGCGCUGCCGCGCGUCUGCGAGGCGUGCUGCGGCUCUGAUGGUUGCAUGCAGGCGGAGCUGAAUAGGAUCGCCGCGUGCGGGGCCGUCGAGACCUUGGCGAAGGCGCAAACGUACGUGGCCACGUUCGUGGUGCCGGUGAUGUGGUGGUUUCUGACGAUCCGGCGGUUGGUGGCGGAGGUGAGGGAAAAGAUGGCGCCGUCGCCGACGACGGGGGCGCCGGACGAGACGCGCGCGCAGGUAGAGGAUUUAGUGCGACCGUACGCCACCCUAGAGCAGAUCCUGUUCGCGUCGCAGGCACACCCCAGCGGAAAGGCGCGCAGCAGCGCGGCGUUGCCGCAGCACACGGCAACGUGUGCGCUGCUGCCUCUGGUGACGUACUUUGCGACGGUGAUGGACCCGGAGGAGUGGCACCGGUGCGUCAACGAGCUGCUGGAGCCGAGCUGGUGGGCCGGGCUGCUCACGGAUCCGGCGCGGCAGGAACAGGCGCGCGUCGGGCCAGACUUCGUGCGUGCGGUGCACAGGUGCGGCACGAGCAAUGAAGUACGGCGCGUCGUCGAGCUUGUGCCGACGCUCACGGCGGCCCUGGCCGACGCGCCGACGCAUCAGCAGUGCCUCCUUGUGGCGAUGAUUCGGGUGGCAGUGGUGGUGCACACAGCGCGCACCGUCGCGGUGGAGGAGCACGCGCUGUCUUUUCUCUACCACGAGGCGUACGCGGCGCCAGCGCUCGUCGAGGGCGGCGACGCGGUGUCACUUGGCCACGUGUGGCUAAAGCACUUCAUACCGACGCAGGAAGCCAUCCCGACAGCGGCGCUGUGGGGCGAGCCAGUGCCGCCGAGGGGGGAGUCGAUCGUUCUUGUCGAGAGUAACUCGACCGUCUUUCAGGCUAUCGAGAAGAGGUGCUACCAGGAGCUGUACCAGUCCCCUCAGACGGAGCCGGUGGUGCUGCGCGAGCUACGAGCGCUCAUUAUGAGCCUGCCACACCCAAGCAUGAGCGGGACGCACGUGUACUGGUACGCCGCCGCCCUCGCCGCGGUCUUUGGGCGUCUGGAGAAGGUAUGCCCGCAGUGGCUGGAGUCGGACACCGCGGCGGCGGCGGCAGCGACAGCAGUUGUCAGCGGCUGCGAUGACGCCAACGAGUGCUGGGAUGACUGGGACGACGACGAGGACGGCGCCGCACAAGGAAUCUACGCGGCUGAGGAGGUGCGGAACGCAAGGGCGGUGGUUUUGGUGCUGCGGGAGCGCGCGGCGGCGCGGAUGGAGGCGGGCGACAUGGCGGCUGCCGAGGACCGCUUUCGCCCCCAGCUCGUGGUCCUCGCGGCUCUCUGA